CAAAUAUCACCCUGUCGGCACCACCGCUGCUGACAGCCAGAACCUGGGGCCCAAUAUUCGGUCCCCCACAACUUUCCUCUCUGAAUUUGGCUCCCUGGGUACCUCAGGACAGCUAUAUCCCAGAACCUACAAAAUCCAUGACUCCCAACAGAUGGUGUGGGUCCUAACAGGAAAUUCUUUAACAGCAGUGCCUGCUAGGAACAAUGUCAAGCCUGUCAGCCUUAGCUUGAUAGCAUGUAGAGACACAGAAUUCCAAGAUACUGAAAAAGGUAAUCUAGUUAUCCUGGGAAUCGAGAGUCAAAGUCUCUGCCUCUUCUGUGCUGAAAAUGGGGGCACACCGACUUUGCAGCUUAAGAAUGUAGACAUCAUGGAAAUGUACAGUGACAACAAAGUACAGAAAGCCUUUCUCUUCUACCACAGCAAAGAGGGCUCCACUUCUGCCUUUCAGUCGGUCUCCUAUCCUGGCUGGUUCAUAGCCACCUCUUCCACAGCAAGACAGGCAAUCAUUCUCACACAGCAGAGGGGUGAAGCUCAUAACACCAACUUCUACUUAGAGCCUGAGGAUUAA